AUGUCGGCUGUUUACGUCCACGAAAAGGCGGGCAAGGACGUGCCUGAGGCCGGUUCCGAGGCCGAGCCCUUUGCCACCGCUGCCUACGCGUUGUUCACCAAGGGUGACGACAUCAAGAUUUUGACCUAUAAGGAAACUGAAGAGGAAAAAGGCUAUGUUGACAUCACUCAGCUGGCGUUGAAAAAGGCUAAGAAGGGGGCUGAAGGCUUAAAGAAGAAGGCGGAAAAGGCGGCUAAGCAACCUGAGCCUGCCGCCAAGAAGGCCACCGACGCCCCCGAUAUCAAAUUCACUGAGGACAAGCUGUUGCCCGAAGCCAAGUCGAUUAAGCUCGGUAAGAUCGCGGAAAACAUCGAUCAGAGAGUCACCGUCAGAGGGUGGAUCCACCGGUUGAGAGUGCAAAAGGGCCUCAUCUUCCUUACCCUCAGAGAUGGUACUGGCUUCCUCCAAGUGGUGUUUACUGGUGACUUAGCCAAAGCUAAGCAGUCCCAGGAAUUGACCAUUGAAUCGACUUUGAUGGUCAAGGGGACCAUCAACAAACUCCCCGAAGGUAAGACUGCUCCCGGUGGUGUUGAAUUGAAGGCUGACUACUAUGAAGUGGUGGCUUUGGCUCCCCUGGGCGACGACGCUUUCACCAACAAAGUCGCCGAAGGCGCCGACCCGCUGUACUUGCUUGACAUGCGCCACCUCACUUUAAGAGGCGACCAGUUGUCGGCGGUGAUGAAGGUGAGAGCUGCCCUCUUGAGAGCGGUGAGAAAGUUCUACUACGAGGAACUGUUGACGGAAGUCACCCCCCCUUGUAUGGUGCAAACGCAAGUGGAAGGUGGGUCGACGUUGUUCAAGAUGGACUACUACGGCGAGGAAGCGUACUUGACCCAGCUGUCGCAGUUAUACCUUGAAACGUGCUUGCCGGCGUUGGGUGACGUCUACUGUGUCCAGGAGUCGUUCCGGGCGGAAAAGUCCCACACCAGACGCCACCUUUCCGAGUACACCCACAUCGAAGCCGAGUUGGCGUUCAUCUCGUUCGAAGACUUGUUGUCCCACUUGGAAAAGUUGUUGACGAAAGUGGUGCAAUACACUUUGGAAGACCCUGUCGCCGGUCCGUUGAUCAAGGAAUUGAACCCUAACUUCAAGGCGCCGCAAAUGCCGUUCAAGCGCAUGGAAUACAUUGACGCCUUGGACUGGUUGAACGAGCACGGCAUCCCCAACGAAGACGGCGAGAAGUUUAAGUUUGGUGACGAUAUCGCUGAAGCCGCCGAAAGAAAGAUGACCGAUACCAUUGGCGAGCCCAUCUUGCUCACCCGCUUCCCUGUCGAGAUCAAGUCGUUCUACAUGCCCAAGUGUAAGGACGACCCUCGCGUCACCGAGUCGGUGGACGUGUUGAUGCCCAACGUCGGGGAGAUCACCGGUGGUUCGAUGAGAACCUGGGACUUGGACCAGUUGUUGGCGGCGUUCAAGCGUGAAGGCUUGGACACUGAAGCGUACUACUGGUUCCUCGACCUUAGAAAGUACGGGUCGUGCCCCCACGGGGGGUACGGGUUGGGUACCGAAAGAAUCCUCGCGUGGUUGUGCGACCGGUUCACCGUGAGAGACUGCUCGUUGUACCCGAGAUUCACCGGCAGAUGCAAGCCGUAA